AAGAGAGAGAGAGAAUAUUUUUUAUUAUUUUUUGAGUUUAAUACUUAUUCAAUUAAGAUCAAUGAAAAUUUUAAUAUUUUAAUUAUUAUGCCAAAAAGGGGACUUAAAAGAGAAAAAAAUUUGGAUAAGGAUCAGCUCUUUUUUUUCCUUCUUUCUUCCCCAACCAUUUCGCCUUUCUGCUCUUCUUUUUCUUCUCCCUGCACCGAACAACAAGAAGCCCAGCCACCAACGCACCUCCCUUUGAAAAACCGAGAAAUUCCAGAUCUGCUCUGCUCUGUUCCUCACUGUCGGCUGCUCUUGCUUGUGGGUGCGAAUUUCUCUGAUUUUUCGAUUUCUUGAUUUUUCCCCUGCACUUCCGCCGGCCUUCACCCAAACUGCAGCUCCGGUUUUUGCUGCUAAAUUCUGGUAUGUGACAGCCCUUUUAAGCCUAAAAUUAUCCAUUAGUUGCUGAAUUUAGUCCAUGAAUUACUGCCCCAUGUGCUGUCCGAAUUUUGUUGAAUUAGGGGGAUGAAUUCCGGUAGCUUUAGGACAAAAUUAAGCAUUAAUUCAAGUGGAAUUUAUGUGAUUGAGUGUUAAUUAACUGCUGUGAGAUUUUGGAGAGAAAUCCCAUGAGAUUAGUUAUAGUUUUGCCAAUUUUUGGAAGGUGCAGUUACUGUUUACGGGUACUGUUCACGCACUAAUGGCCAACAAUAGGAGGGUUUAAAUGUUAGUUAUACUGAGAAUGAAAUUGAGAUGUUUGGUCAUAUGGUUGAAUUUCGUGUGAAGCUCAUGGUUAGUAAAUUUGUAAGAUUGUGCUAAUAAUUCUAGUAGGGUCUGAAUGUAUUUAUUUGGAAUAUUAUGUGCUGUCAUGGCUUAGAGCACUGGGAUUGAGUCCUCGGUUUAUAUGAGUGAAUUUCUAUGUAAUGCUAUUGAGGUAAGUAAAUUAUGGUAACGUAU